AAGAAAAAUCCAAAUUUCUCCUUCGAAGAUAAAAAGAAGAAGAAGAAGAAAAAAUUCUAGAAGAGGGAGAAAAGUUGGGUUUCUAUUGUUUGUGUUUCUUUCUAUUGUUUGUGUUUCUUUCAGUGGUUGAAUUAUAGGAAAUCGAAGCAAAAAUUUCGUCCCCCCCCUUUUCGAAUCUAGGAAGGGAGAAAACAAAAAUAGCUAACUCAUGAUGCGAUCUUUGAUUUGAUUUUCGGAGUGUGGUUGAAUCUAGGCCUUUAGCUUUUCCAUUUUCCUGAUUCAUUAUUAGAUAGUGAGAAUUACAGGCUGAGACAAACCCAAAAAAGGAAAGACUAAAUAAAGCAACAGACAGAAAUGGACGGAGGUGAUGAGGAGGUAACAGCUCCGGCAGGACCGCCACAACCGUUGGAUUGGAAAUUCUCUCAGGUUUUUGGUGAAAGAAUCGCUGGAGAAGAAGUUCAAGAAGUUGAUAUUAUUUCUGCCAUUGAAUUUGAUAAAACUGGGGAUCAUCUUGCCACUGGUGACCGUGGGGGUCGUGUUGUUCUCUUCGAGAGGACAGACGCAAAGGAUCAUGGUGUAUCAAGAAGGGAUCUGGAGAGAAUGGAUUAUCCAAUUAGUCGGCACCCUGAGUUUCGUUACAAGACGGAGUUCCAGAGCCAUGAGCCCGAGUUUGACUAUCUCAAGAGCUUGGAAAUAGAGGAAAAAAUCAAUAAAAUCAGAUGGUGUCAAACAGCCAAUAGUGCCCUUUUUCUCCUUUCCACCAAUGAUAAAACCAUCAAGUUUUGGAAGGUACAAGAAAAGAAAGUCAAGAAAAUUUCUGACAUGAAUUUGGAUCCAUCAAAAGCUGUGGGAAAUGGCAGCGUUGCUAGUUCAAGUAUCCCUAAACCUUGUCUUGUGAAUGGAAGCUCCUUUGAUGGAUCCUACAACAAUUUGAGCAACGAUUUCGUUUUCCCACCUAGAGGCCUUCCAUCUUUGCGUUUACCUGUGGUAGUAACAAGUCAGGAGACCAACCUAGUGGCCAGAUGUCGAAGGGUAUAUGGCCAUGCUCAUGAUUAUCACAUCAAUUCUAUUUCAAAUAACAGCGAUGGCGAAACUUUUAUAUCAGCUGAUGAUCUACGUAUAAAUCUUUGGAACUUGGAAAUUAGCAGUCAAAGUUUCAAUAUUGUUGAUGUAAAGCCUGCAAACAUGGAAGAUCUAACUGAGGUUAUAACAUCAGCUGAGUUUCACCCUACCCACUGUAAUAUGUUAGCUUAUAGUAGUUCAAAGGGUUUAAUUCGCCUCAUUGAUUUGCGGCAAUCAGCUUUGUGUGAUUCUCACACCAAAUUGUUUGAAGAACCAGAGGCACCUGGUUCUAGAUCAUUUUUUACAGAGAUAAUUGCUUCAAUCUCAGAUAUCAAAUUUUCAAAGGAUGGGAGAUAUAUUCUUAGCCGUGAUUACAUGACUCUUAAGUUGUGGGACAUCAAUAUGGAUACAGGUCCAGUUGCAACAUUUCAGGUUCAUGAAUAUUUACGACCUAAGCUGUGUGAUUUGUAUGAAAAUGAUUCAAUUUUUGAUAAAUUUGAAUGUUGCCCAAGUGGUGACGGAUUGCGAGUGGCAACAGGUUCCUACAGCAAUUUAUUCCGUGUAUUUGGUUGUGCCCCUGGAAGCACCGAGUCGACAACUUUAGAAGCCAACAAAAAUCCAAUGAGGAGACAAGUUCAGACUCCCUCAAGGCCUUCCAGACCCCUAAGCAGUAUAACACGUGUUGUCAGAAGAGGAUCAGAGACUCCCGGAGUUGACGCGAAUGGAAGUUCGUAUGAUUUCACAACAAAGCUGCUGCACCUAGCAUGGAACCCGGUUGAAAAAAACUUGAUUGCCUGUGCUGCUGCAAACAGCUUAUACAUGUACUAUGCAUAAAGCUGAUCCAACAAGUGUGUAUUCACUUGGUUUAACAUUUUUUUGGUUGUUGAUGGUCCCGUUCCCUCCAAGCAGCGAAUUAAAGGAUAAAACGAGUCUCACACACUCCCAGUGUAUCCGUAGCACACGGUGUAGUCUCGAGAUCAUGGAAUGGCUGUCACAGAUCCAUGAGGAUGCAAACCUAUCAUCGUUCCCAAUUGUGCGCAGCUUAAUUCUCGUAAGCUUGAGUCUCGCUCCCUUGGCCUGUUUGUGGUUUUGUUUUUACUUGCUUGAUCUUCUUUUAAAACAGAAGGUGGAGUAAUGAAUGUUUUUUAGAUUUUGUGUUGGGGUUGAAGUUUAGCAGCAAAUGUGAUUGUAGCUCUCCUACAAGAAAACUAAAGGGAUGUUCAUUCUAUAUUUACCACUUAGGUUUAAGGUGGGAAGGAG